UCUUAAAAUACACCUUUAAUUUAUUUCUUUUACCUUACAUUAUCUUUAAUAGGAGCUUGGGGAUUGAAGGUUUUUUUUAGACCAGUGAAAAAGUUUUUCCUUAAUGCCACAUUACCUCAAAUAAUCUUUAUUCCUUCAGCACGAGUUGGAUUCAGCGCAUGAAAGGAAGGAAGGGCUGAAUAUAUGAUACCAUAUUUAGUGGUCUGGCAGACUUCUAUACAUUCUAACAACAUUAGAAAAUUGGUUAAAUAUUUUAUGCCUGUAGUCUAAAUGUUUGAAAUAAAUUCCCAAACACCUUCUUAGAGCUGAGGACUAUCUGGGGAUGUAUGGAGUUGUAGUUCAGCAACAACUAGUUUCCUGCCACUUGUCCGUCUUUUAUUCUCCCUCCCCCAGUGUUCUGAAGAGGUGAGAGGAGGGGAGGUAUGUGUGCAGUCUCACAUAUGGUAGAAAGAGCCAAAGUAGACAAAGAGGGAGCUGUUCUUACUCUCACGUGUCCUCUAAUAAAACACACAUGGUUGCUGCAUCCCCUGGUUUAGUUGUAUCCUCUUCUGGUCUUUUAUCACACAUAUGCUGUUCCUUAGAUCUAUAAAUUCAUUUUAUUUCUCCUUCUUCCUCUGUUCUCUGUUUGAUCUCCCAGAUUUCCAGAAUUGAUGUACUUAGCUUGCCAUAUCAAAUGUGCGACAAGCCUGUCCAUUCCUUGAAGCACUGCAGGUCGUCAGUGCUAUUUUAUUAAGGCUAUUUUCAUUACUCUGCAGAAUAUGGACUGGGGUUUGGCUGUCAGAAGUUCUGGCUGGAUUUGUGUCUUUGCUGUUGUCUCUUUCUUGUUUCUCAGCAACCUUUUCUGUUACCAGCAGAAAGCCUUGAUUUUCCCAAAGUUUCAGAAUGAAGUUGUGGAAUGUGGCAUUAACUGUUCCUUUAAAAGCAGCAUGCUUACCAGAAGAAAAAGAUACACAAUUAAUCCUUUGGGGUACAAGUGGGACCAUUUAAAUCUGACCUACAAGAUUGUUCAGUUUCCCAACACCCUGAAUAAAGAUGACACGGAGAGAGCACUGGCCCUUGCCUUCCGCAUGUGGAGUAAAGUCUCCUCCCUCACUUUCCAAAGGGUACAAUCACACCAGGUCUCCGACCUAAGUAUAGGAUUUUAUACUUUUAAUCACAGUGAUUGUUGGGGAUCUCCACUCCACCCCUGCUUUGAUGGCCUAAACGGGGAACUAGCUCAUGCUUUUUUGCCACCACGCGGGGAAAUUCAUUUUGACAACCAUGAGUUCUGGGUCCUUGGACCUUCACGUUUCAGUUGGAAGCAAGGCGUGUGGUACAAUGAUCUUGUCCAAGUCGCAGCACAUGAGAUUGGUCAUGCACUUGGUUUGUGGCACUCUAGUAAUGUAACUGCUCUCAUGCAUCCCAACGCUACCUACACCAGGAUACGUCAUGUCACGAAAGAUGAUAUCAUGGCCAUACAGAGUCUCUAUGGCUGUCCUUCUUCAAGCUCUAGAUGUGAUUCCCUUGAGAUUUCAGGAUCCUGUGGACAUCAGUGUCAUCUGAAAUGUGAGAGUUGCAGAGAGUCUCUUGGCCAAGGACCGAAACAAUAUAGGAUUAAAAUAAAGAAUCGCUAUGUUUCCCAAGGUCGAUCUGUUACCUUUCACUGCUCCCAAAAAGACUCCCAAGCACAGAAGAGCAUGAGUUGGUAUAAAGAUGGAGCUCGUCUCUCUUCCUCUACACCUGGGUUAGUUAGAUUGUCCCUAAGCAGCCUGGUUCUAAAAGCAGAGGAAGAAGCCCAGGGACGCUACACGUGUGUGAUUCGCCAAGGCAAAGUCAUUGUAGGAGGAAAAUCUUGGAACCUGCACAUCACAUGA